UUCCCAGUGUGCAUCGGAGCAGCUUCGUUUGAAAACUCACUCCGCUGCUGCAUUUGCGAGUCUGACCCACGUACCUGCAUCCCUAGGCUGAGGUUGAGAAAUAAGUUCUCCUGUGGGAACCCGGCGGAAAGAUGCCGGUUGGAACGCGGGAUCUGGCUUCUUCGGGAAAGAGGACGGACCUUUACCGCUGGAAACGGUUCAACAAGAAGCCGAGUUCCAAGCAUGUUUUGGACUCUGAGAAUUUGGAUUACUGGACAAAGAAGGUCGAGAAAGCCUCAGAAUUUGCAGUCUCUGAAGUAUUUUCUCCAAGAAAUUCAGAUGUUCCCAGGAGACCAUGGAGCAGAAUCAUAGAUUUAGAAACAACAGAGCAACUGGUGGAGCAUGAUGAAGCUUAUGAAGAAGCUCAAGAACUGCUUAAUGACUGGAUGAACUCAAAGCUUAAAAUAGAAUUAGCAAGUGAUAAAGAAGAUGAUGGAGAUGCUGUGCCCAGUGUUACUUCUUCACCUGGAGACAAUGGUGUUGCUGAUUCUGUGAAGUAUGAAAAAUUUGAUGAUUUGUACGGUCAUUUGGAAGAGGAAGAGGAAGGUUCCAUGGUUAAACAAUUUAUGGACCACCUUCUCCAUAAAGAUGUAGUGGAUUCUGGGACAUUGGAAGAUCUUGGAAUGAAAGAAAACCAAGAAAAGAAAAAGCAGAAGGAUCCCCGUCUUACCAUGGAGAUGAGACAUAAGCAGGUAAAGGAAAAUCGCUUAAGAAGACAGAAGGAAUUAGAGCGUCAGAGGGCAGAGAAAGCCCUAAAAAAGUCAGCCUUCUUGGAAGCUCAAUUUCUAGUACAAGAAGAAAAAAAAAGGAAGGCUCUGAAGGUCAAGAAAGAGGAAGAGGAAAUUCAAAAGGAGAUGGUCAAGUUGCGGAAACAAAUGGUGGAAAGAAGACGCACUGUGCAGGAAGCAUGGAAAAUUGAGAGGAAGAAGCAAGAAGAGAAAUCUCAGAAACUUCUAGAAAAAGUCUCCUUCCAAAGCUCUCAAGUGCUGAAUGAAGAAAAAAUAGCAAAAGAAAAAAAGAGAAAACAGCAGGAGCAAUUAGCCACGAUUAACAUGGAAAACCAACGGUGUCUACAAAAGUAUUUCUCCGCCUGGAAUAAGGAGGUUUUUGAACGCAAAUUUAAGAUGAGUAAAGCUGAGACCCUUGCAAAUUGGAAAUGUCAGAUGAAGUUCCUACAAGCCUGGAGGGACUACACAAGAGGUCAGAAAUUAGCACGGGAGACUCGAGACAUGGAGGCUUUUUUGAGGGAUCAAUUCAGAAAACAACAACUGGCAACCGAUUUCAACCAGAAAAGAAUUCUAAGACAACACUUUACACACUGGCAACUCAUAUAUAGAAAAGAAACUGGAAAGAGAGAACUAGAAUUGAAAAAAGAAGAAACUCGGAAGAAAAUGGAUGAGUUACUGAAGGCAGCGUAUCUGGGGAAACUUAGUUUAAAUGGAUCCUGUGACACAAGAAAUGGGGAGAAAAGGAAGUCCCAAAAUUCAUCUGUAAAAAAAGAAGAGGUGCCUGAAGUGGCCUUUUCCCAGGAGAAGCCUUCUGGCAGUGAUGGAUACAUAGCCAGUCCUCCUUUAUGCAAAAAAUCCAAGUCUGGCUACCAAGUACCCCUACAGCCAUCCCCUCAGAACUCCCCAGAGCUUCCUCAGUCCAAGAACCCAAGUUGUGAGUCUUUGCAUCAGUUUUGCAGCAAUCAGCAAUUCAGAACUCCCAACCAGAAACCCUUGUCCCCUUACAUGAGCCAUUUCCACAACCGCCACAUUUUCCAGCAACAAGUGAUUGAAGAGCAAAAGAAGAAACUCCAGGAACAACAGAAAAUGAUCCUUGAACUUCAGGGAAACCAGAGGCUAAGGGAGGCAAGAGAAGAGGCGGAGCGGGCUACAGCAGUGACUGCAGCACUCACCCGACUGAUGUCAAACACCAGGGAGGAGAAGUUAAAGAAGGGACGCCAGAUCAUUUCAAACUCAUCUGGUCCGUCCUCUGGGAUUGAUAGCCCGAAGCCUGAUUCUCAGAGCUCCCCUUAUGCAUCCAGAAAGAAGUCAAAGCAGUUGGUAACACCUCACCCCAUUCUAAAAGCCAUGGAGGAGAGAGCUGCUCAGCGGAGUGAACGCAAAAAACUCUUGGCAGAGAUCAAGAAGAAACAAGAGGAAGAUAAAUUGGCUCAGUUGAAGGCUCAAGAGGAGGCACGUCAGAGAAAAGAAGCAGAAGAAAAAGAGACCCAACUUGAAAAGAGGCGAGAAGAGAAGAGACUGAAAAAAAUGGUGAGUGGAGCCCAUCUGUCAGUCAGGAAGUAUUUGUUGAGGACUACUGUGUCCUCCUUUAACCAAUGUAAUAUGAGCAAUGAAGAACUUAUGGCAGAAAAUCAUUAUUGCUCCACGAUUCAGAGGAAAUACCUUCGGACCUGGUUACAUCAUAGUCAAGAAAUCCUGGCUAAGAAGAGGGCGCAGGCAGAUAAACUUAACUCCCAGAUAUUGCUUAGGAGAGCCUUUAGAAACUGGUUAGAGUACAAGAGGUCUCUAACGAUUGCCGAAGAAAAAGGAAGAAAAUUCAGGGCGGCCUUUCUUCAGAAACACGUUUUCAUGUCGUGGCUGAAUAUGGUCCGUGAGGAUAAGGUCACCGCUCAGAAGCAGCUCCAGGUGGCCACCAAGCACAGUAACAAGAGAAUUCUUUCAGCCGCGUUCCAGUCCUGGAAACUACUUCCAAAACUUAUGAAAGAAGAAAAAUUAAGAGAAGAAAGGUGGGAGGAACUCCGCAAGAAAGUAUCCGAAAUCCUUCCAGACUUCGGGACCAUGAGCUCUGUGUGAAGAUACACCGAAGCAGGACUGUUGGGCUCUGUGGUCUUAAGGGUAAAGAGGGCCUUUGGGAGAACUGCCAUCGGCCCCUGAGGCCCACUUAGACAUUACUUAACUUGUUUGCCAGAAAUGAUUGGGAACGAAGGACGACGAGGAGACAUUUUAGCAUCUUCCGCUUUCCUCCUUGAUUUCUGCUCCACCACUUGCUGGAGAGCUUGCCAGAACCUGACCCCAAAGGGCUGACUUCAGGGCCUCAACAUCUCAGAAACUCCACAUCACUCGGAGCCCCUCUGCACGCACCGCUUGAUUCUACGACAUCCGUCUGAGCACAUGGGAGACGUCUAGCCUCGCUGAUCUGACAAUGUCUGUUGUAAUCCAAGCCUCCCCAUAAAUAAAGUAUUUCUGGAACAGUAAACCGAAAACUGUGUUGAGGGGCCGAUGGCCAGUCUCAGACUCGAGGGGACGGCCGGGGGCACUGCUGGCGUGUACCUUCCAGAGGCCGGCGUCGCCCCUCCUUGGGGGCUACUCCUGGCACCACGCAAGUGUCCCAGAAUCCCCAACUGAGACAUCCUGUUGUUCCUUCUCCCAUCGCUCCCAGAUUAUGGCACCCUCAGGCCUCCCUGGCUGGC